AUCCACUGCGUUCUACAACAGCUAAAAAAAAAAAAAAGACAACACCUGAAACCCGAUCGAUCCUCACCGCGUGUUGUUCGCAGACUGAAGCAGCCCGUGUGUUACUGUUCGUAUGGGUUUCUAACGUUAGGCUGCCUGGUGUAUGUGUAAUAAAAAGUAACGUUAGCUUCGGCUAUCUCCAUCUCUUGUGUUUUUAGUUUAGCAGCUAGCUUGAGGCUAACAGCUGGGCCGCGGGUCCCGCUGCUGGGAGAGGAUGGACAGUGAAAUCCAACGAGACGGGAGAGUCCUGGACCUCACUGAUGAUGCCUGGAGGGAGGACCGACUGCCGUAUGAAGAUGUCACCAUCCCUCUGAGUGAACUACCCGAGGCCGAGCAGGACAACGGCGGAUCCACGGAGUCGGUGAAAGAACAAGAGAUGAAGUGGACAGACCUCGCCCUGCAGAGCCUGCACGAGAACACACCAAACACUGGAAGCUGAAAGACUAAUCUGGACUCAGACUGUGGGACAAAAACACGCAAUGCACACGGACGCUGGAUUCAAACACACGUCGUUCAUCGUCUCUUCACAUUUUACUGCGUCUUUGGAAGGAUGUCUGAUGUGUUCCAGUUAAACAGAAAUGAUACGAAAAUGUAUUUUGCCAUUGUUAUUGGAUUUAUGUUGUAGUUUUAUAGAAAUAAAAUACUGUGUAAAAACACAA